AUAUCGAAGACUAAUCUUAAAGAAAAUGGCGCAAUUUGAUACGUUUAUACAUUAAAAAUUAUGAAUCAAAUUUUUGUAAUUUUCUAUGGAAAUAUAGUAUUAUAAAGAGUAUAAAAGUUAAUAUUUUAUAAUAAAUCUUAAACUAAAUAUUCAGCUACUAAAUGAAUUCAAUACAAAUCUCUAGUAUGUCAAUUUUUUUUUGUGGUUAUAUGUCCUAAUAUUAGAUUUGUAGUAGCGAAAAUGCCAUUUCAUUCACUCUGUAUUUUAUCAAAUGUGUCAAUACAAAUCACAUAGUUAUAUAUAUACAUAUAUAUCACAUAGUUAUAUAUAUAUGAUAAUGUAUACUGAUAAUUUAUCUUGACGUUAAUUGCUUUCUACUGAAAGUGUACUGAAAAAAUUUUGUACCGUAUGUACAUUUUUUUCAUGCGAGCUAAAACCAUGGAACACUCUAGAAUAUUUUCAAAUAAUAUAUCUUCUACUAUAGAAGAAAUUAGGCCUUUUAUAGAACGUCAACCAGGCAUUUCAUUAAAUUCAUUGUUAAAUAUUCAAAGAAUCCAGAUUCCUAUAGAGGCCGUACCUCUUUCAUCUGAUAAUUAUAUUAUUGAUGUUGAAAAUCAGUCAACAAAUGAUACAAAUUUACAUGAUGUUUUAGUUCAUGACAAUCCUCAUCAUCAAACGACUACAGCAGAUAAUUUUUUAAAUAAUAUUCGUGACGCUGCAAAUGAGGUUGUGGGUGAAAGCCAAAAUAAUAAUAGUAAUAAUGUUAUUAAUCAUAAUAACAACAAUAACAAUGAUAUAGAAGAAAAUUCAGCACAAACUGUACAAAUUAGUCCACGGACACGUGCAUUCUUUAAAGGACUUAAAAGAUAUAUUACUCUUGUUUGUAUUCUUCUUGCCAAAGGCCUGUAUGAUCACAGGACCAAUAUAUUAAACUUUAUAGUAUUAAUUGUUACAUUUAAUUAUAGUAAUAACGUUGUAAAACGUGAAAUUGCAAAACAAAACAAUAAAAAUUGGCUAUCACUCUUAGUUAUUAUGUGUUAUAUUAUUGGAUGUAUAAUUUUUAUUCAUUUUGAAUAUAAUAUACGUAUAUUUUCUCCAUAUUCACAAUCUCUUACCAUUUGGGAACUAUUGUGGACAGUUUUAAUAACAGAUUUUGUUUUGAAAUUGAUUACUAUUAUUUUUAAAGUUUUUUUAACAUGUUUACCUUCAAAGCUUUUACCACUUCGAAAGAGGGGAAAAUGUUUUGUUAUGGUGGAAACAGCAUCUCAACUUUAUCGAUGUAUCGUGCCUAUUCAACCAUGGUUUUAUUAUCUCUUUGAAUGUUAUCAAGGUUCAGAAAAAAUUUUUGGAGUAUUCCUUUCUUUGUUGUAUACAGUAAGCAAAGGAACUGAUUUAUUAUCUCGUAUGAAAUUAUUUAAAACUGCUAUUUGGAAACUGUUUCAAAAUGUGAAUUUAGGAAUAUCACCAACGAAAGAACAAUUAGUAACAUCGGGUGGAAUUUGCGCAAUUUGUCACGAUCAAUAUUCAAUGCCGGUGAGAUUGCAAUGUAAGCAUAUUUUUUGCGAAACAUGUGUUUUAACAUGGUUGAAUCGAGAAUAUUCAUGCCCAUUAUGUCGGGCAAUAAUUGCCGAUGACCUUCUUUAUAGAGAUGGCCAUACAAGUCUUCUUGUUCAGUUAUAUUAACUUUUAUGUAUAAUAUAUAUCAUUGUAUUUUUUCACUGUUAAUUGUAUUCAUAAAAAUAUCUAUUAAGCAUUUGAUUUACAUAAAAUGAAACUUUUUUUAAAUGUUCUACAACAAUGUUAUCUUCAUAUGAAUCACUCUACCUUGAUAUUUGUAAUAAAAUUGUUAUAUACCGAUAUACUGAGAAGUCAGAAAAAGACUAAAGUUUAAGAAAUGUAUAACAUAGCUUGUAUAUAUGAAACACAAUAAUAAAAUUUAUAUUUUGAAAGUAA